AAAAAGGUUCGUCGUAGAAAAAGGUUCGUCAUCGUCGCGGUGAGCAGGGCUCGGUCCAUAUCGCUGGUCGCGCCCUCCUCGGCCAUCUGCUCUCCAGGAUGGGAACCCUACGAGACACCCUCAGCACCCGAAGGGUGCCCGCCUACUGCUGCCACAUCGGGGGCUGCGAUCGGGUGUUCGACUCCCUGCCGGGCUACGUGCGUCACUACCAGACGCUGCACCAGAACGCGUGCUCCUUCUGCCGCCGCUCGUUCCCCUCGGACCAGCUGCUGGACAUCCACCUCCUGGAGCGCCACGGCACCGUGCCGUCCUCGCCCACUCGGGCGGCGGCCGCGCGCGAGCGCCGCCCCAUCCCCUUCUACUACCAGUGCCCGGUGUGGGGCUGCACCGACAAGUUCAUGAGCCCCGAGGAGCAGACGGACCAUCUGAUCCGUAUCCACCACUACCCGGCCCAUCUCUGGUUCGAUUCGUCCCCGGACAACCAGAGUUCCGGCCACCAGGGCUUGGCGGGCUUGGCGGGCUUGGCAUCCUCGGCAUCGGCCUCUGCGGGGUCCGCCUCUGGGGCUAAGGAUUCGGCCUCGGCCUCUGCAUCGGUGGCCUCUGCCGUCGCAUCGGCUUCUGUAGCCUUGGUCUCCCAGGUCUCUGGGCAGGGAGGAGCAAUCGGAGGGGACAGCUCCCAGGAUCCGGAGGAGGCCAUGGAGGAGACUGUGGAAGAGAUUGAGGACGAGGAGGAGCCCGUGGAUGAGGCUGAGGACGAGGCCGAGGAGGAGCCCAUGGGGGAGGAGGACAUGGGGGAGGACGAAGACGAUGCCGAGUCGGAGGCUGGCAGUGACCCCGACUCUCCCGACGAAGACAUCAUCAGCCUCAGAGGCCCUACAAUUGGCUUUGGCCCGGGUGCCGCUGCAGGAUAUGAUAGUCCAGAUACUGGAGGAUAUGAUAGCGCAGAGGAAAGUAAUGAGGAUCACUGAGCACCUGCAGGGCUGGGCUGCCACCUGGGGCCGUGAAGCAGGGCCCCUCUCCCCCUCCCCCCCACCCAGAAGCAUGUUUUCUGGGCUUUAGAGCAGCCCCUGAGGUGCACCGCCACACAGCGAUCGGCCUGGGGUGCUGCUUCCUUGGUCUUCAUUUAUCUCUGGAGCCCCUGACCAAACUGGGGGCCGGCCAAGCACCUCUUGGACCCGGCUGAGUCCAGCCCAGGCCUCUUCCCCUCUCCCUCCUUGCUCACUCCUGCUGGAGGACCCCUCGUCUGUCUGUGUGUUUCGUCUUGUCGUCUGUGCAGCACAGGCCCCUGGUGUGUGCACCAGGAAUCCCAGGAGGACGCUCGAGGCUGUUGCCCAGAGCAGCCAUGCCUGCUUUGGGCCCUCUUGUGGUACCUUCUAAGGGUCUGCUCCCUAACCCCGUGAACCUAAAUAAAGUCUGUGUAAGCAACCCCA